UAGACAAUCCCAUUGACAGCGAGACAUUGAAUGCGGUGAAAGAGGGGGAGGGUCGAACAUUAUUCCAAUCUCUUUGAAAUACACCAACCGGUCCAGACACAGUAAGCUAGCUCGUCAUGGCAGCUUCCAUAGCCCCAGAAUGCAAUGACCUGAAAGAAAAGUAUGAUACCUGCUUCUUGAAGUGGUACAGCGAAAAAUACCUUCGUGGCAAAACCUCGUCAAAUGAAUGCGAAGAACUAUUCUCAAAGUACAAAUCUUGUCUACAUAAAGCGUUGAAAGAAAAGGGCAUCGACACCAUGGUUGCGGAGGCAAGAAAAAGUGCUGCCUCGGAAAGCGAUGCUGACUAUCUCCGGAAAACGUGAAGUGACGUUGGUCACCGGUCCCCUGGAAUGGGGACAGACACUCUCCCUCAUCUCCGCUCCUGCAGGCAACAUCUCCUGGAUGCUUGCCCUCCAAGACUAAGUCGGGUUCUGCUAACCACUAUUUCCGGCUUUGGACGGUUUCCGCUGAAGCAUGCCGAAUUCAUGUGUUAUGACUUGAACAUAUGCUCGAAUGUUCUAUCUGAGCUAUAUAUAUAUCCACUGACUGGAAGUCUGUCUUCAAGGACGACGGAUUCUCUUAUGUAUAAUACUUUGGCGCCUUCCUCGCAUGCUUGUACCCUUAUUCAUAAAUGUAAUCAUAUCUGGAGGCUACAUUUCCACGCGAAAUGCCCGCCCAACUCGUUGAUCAGAAAUGAUGAAAUGGUCCCAAAGCAUCGUGUGCAAGGACUGAGGCAGCCC